UGCGUGUUUUUUUUUUCCUGAACGGAGAAGAGAAGAAAUGCGUGCUCGCCAACGAGCCCAGCACUCAGCUGCCACGUCUCGGCCGUAGCCGCCUCGCCGGGCCAACGUCGCCAUGGCUGCGGCGGGGUUCAGGGGAGGAGGGGAAUACGACCUUCCCCUCGAGGAGGUCGACGCCGUCCUCGCCUCCUUCUCCGGCGACCCCGCCGCCGUAUUCGCUCCGCUGCCGGCACCGGAGGCGGUGGCGGGGGCGUCGCGGGAGCUGUUGGCUCCUGGGGAGGGCCUCCGGGAGGGGUUAGGGGAGGUGGAGAAGUUUCUCAUGGAGGACUACGAGAACGAGGCAGGGGUGGACGGGGUUGAUGAGUUCUUGAACGGCGUCUUCGUCGGGGACGGCGAGGACGACGGGAGCCCCAAGACCACUGGAGAGAGGAGCGCGGAUGGGGCGUCCGCAGGGGAGGAUGAGGAGGUUGCGGGUGCGGAUGGCGGCGAUGAUCCUGACGGCAAGAAGAAGAGGAGACGAAUGAGGAAUAGGGAUUCUGCCAUGAAAUCUAGGGAGAAGAAGAAGCUGUAUGUAAAAGAUCUGGAGAUGAAGAGUAAGUAUCUGGAGGCAGAGUGCUGCCGCCUAAGCUAUGCCCUCCAGUGUUGCGCUGCUGAGAACAUGGCGCUUCGCCAGAGUUUGUUGAAGGAUAGGCCGGUUGGUGCCCCCACAGCCAUGCAGGAGUCUGCCGUACUCACGGAAACCCUGCCGCUGGUUUCCCUGCUUUGGCUAGUGAGCAUCGUGUGCCUGUUCCUGACCCCCGGCGUACCCAACAGAAGCCUGGUGGCUCCAAGCAGCCUCGGAAGAGAUCUCGCAAAGCUGGCCAGAACAUCAACAAAAGGUGUAAAGAUGUUCCGAGUGGCAACAAACCGUGAUGAUCCUAGGAGUUUGGAACUCGUUCGCCUUGGGAGACGCUGCAGAUGCGCAAGGGCGAGGAUCAAGUCACCUUGGUUGCCUUGGUAUGCAGUAGCUGCUACCGCGGGACGCCGGUCAUCUUGCAAGCCUUCUCUGAGCUGUUGCUAAACGUGUUGGCACUUUGGAACGCCUCUGUAUGCACCAUCGCUGUGAAUCUUUGUUCCCUUCUUUUCCUGACACCUUGCUGAUGUGCUUUAAGAAAAAGUAGUUCAGAAAAUGGUGUUUAAAGUCGGUGAUAACAGCAGAUAGUACCGAAAGAGGGAUUUGCUAGCUGGGUCACCAGUUGAUUAAGUCCUGAACCUUUCAAUCUUUCUUGUUGGCCCA